AUGUCUGCGUCUUCCACCCACCUGGUUUCGGAGAAGCUCAGCUUCAAGGACUACAAGGACGAAAACGAUGUCGUCCACCUUGAAUCGCAACAACAGCCCGUCGAAGAAAUCGACGACGGCGUGUUGCCCAAAUACCACAAUCUCCCCCCGCUGUUGCAGGGGAUGACUCAGGACGAGCUCCACAAGCUCGACCGCCGCACCACCUUGAAGAUCGACUUGCGGUUGAUGCCGAUGCUUAUUCUCAUUUACAUCCUCAACUACCUUGACAGAAACAACAUUGCUUCGGCGCGUCUCGGGGGGAUCGAAAAGGAACUUGGCAUGCACGGCUCGCAAUGGCAAACGGUUAUUUCUAUUUUGUUCGUUGGUUACAUCACCAUGCAGAUCCCCGCCAACUUGCUUUUGGAAAAAUUCGGGCGCCCGUCGAUUUUCAUCGCCGUGGUGAUGACGCUGUGGGGUACCAUUUCCGCCUGUACCGCCGCCGUGCAAAGUUACGGGGGGCUCAUCGCCAUCAGAGUGCUUUUGGGGAUCGUUGAAGCCGGGUUUUUCCCCGCGGCAUUGUUGACGCUUUCGCAGUGGUACGACCGUAAGUCGCUUACCGUGCGUAACGCCGUGCUUUACUCGGGGUCGCUUUUGUCGUCUGCCUUUUCGGGGCUUAUCGCCGCCGGUAUCUUGCUGAUGGACGGCCAAAAGGGUAUUUCCGGGUGGAGAUGGCUCUUCAUCAUCGAAGGGUGCAUCACCGUGUUCAUCGUCCCCUUCGCCUACUUCAUCUUGCCCGAUGUCCCCUCCAACACCAAGUUCCUCAGUGAACAGGAAAGAGACUUGAUCAUGUGGAAGCUCGCCCAAGACACCGGUUCCAACGACUCCGACCAAGGCACCACCACCAAGCAAGCGCUUUGGCUCGCGUUCACCGACAUCAAGGUGUGGAUGGUCACCGGUAUCCUCUCGUUCCUCGUCGCCGCCUGUGGUGUCACCAACUUCUUCCCCACUUUCGUUGGGACCUUGGGUUACAGCAGAGUCAAGACGUUGUGUAUGACUGCUCCUCCCUACUGCUGUGCCGUCGUCACCACCUUCUUCUGGUCGCUCCACGCCGACAAGACCGGCGAGCGUCUCUGGCACAUUUUGAUCCCCGGGUGCGUGGCGAUGGCAUCCUUUAUUAUCACCGCCGCUACCCUUAACAUCGCCGCGCGCUACUUCGCCAUGUGCAUCAUGUUGCCGGGGCUCUACUGUGCGUUCGUCUCAAUCUUGUCGUGGAUGUCUAACUGUACCCCGCGUCCCCCCGCCAAGCGUGCCGUCGCCAUUGCGUUGAUGAACUGUCUCUCCAACUCGACCUCGAUCUGGAACGCCUACUUGUACCCCAAAGGGUGGGAGCCUCGCUUCGAGAUCUCGUUCAUCUGUAACUGUGUGUUUUUGGCGUUGCUGAUGGCGAUGGCCAUCGGGUUGUCGAUCACGUUGCGCAUCUACAACAAGAGGAUCGAGAACGGUACCUACAACUGGGAGCGCGAGCUCGGCAAGGGCCACACUGGUGAAGAGAUCGACCCCGACUUCAGAUUCUUGUACUGA